GUUCCUGAAUGAGAGCCCGGACUGGCGUGUUGGCACACAGCAACUCUUGAGAAGGGGGGGAAAAGGUGUUUUGGGGGAGGAGGAGAGGGGCAGCAGGCAGAGGGGUUCUGAGCGGACGAGGGGUGGACAGGCUCCGGCUGGGAGAAGAAUGGUUAUGCCGGCUCCUCGUGCUCUGGUGGUGCUGCUGCUCUAUAGGCUGUGUGUCAUUCAGGCACAGCCCUGCCUCUCCUCGACAUGAGCUUCGCAGGAAGGGUGUCCUGCUCCAUGCUCAACUGCUUUGGUGAAGAAGGGCCUCCCAGUCUGGAGUAUAUCAAGGCCAAGGACCUGUUCCCCCAGAAGGAGCUGGUGAAGGAGGAUGAAAGCCUUCAGGUGCCAUUCGCAGUUCUUCAGGGGGAAGGGGUGGAAUAUCUUGGCUGUGCCGACGAAGCCGUCAUUGCCAUUUCUAACUACAGGCUCCACAUCAAGUUCAAGGACUCUGUCAUCAACACCUACCCAGGUGUGGACACUGAGAUAUCUGUGCCUCUCAGGCUGAUAGACAACGUGGAGAGCAGAGAUAUGUUCCAGCUGCACAUCAUCUGCAAAGACUCCAAAGUUGUCAGAUGCCACUUUGCAACGUUCAAGCAAUGCCAGGAGUGGGUCAAGCGUCUGAACCGGGCCAUAGCUCACCCGUCCCGGCUGGAGGACCUGUUCGCCCUUGCCUAUCAUGCCUGGUGUCUGGGAGGCAACGCCGACGAUGAAGACCAGCACGUUCAUCUCUGUCGCCCAGGCGAUCACGUGCGUCAGCGAAUGGAAAUGGAGGUCAAGAGGAUGGGCUUCGACACACAGAACGUCUGGAGAGUGUCCGACAUAAACUGCAACUUCAAGCUAUGCUCCAGCUAUCCGCAGAAGCUUCUGGUUCCAAUAUGGAUCACAGACAAGGAGCUGGACAGUGUGGCUUCCUUCAGAUCCUGGAAGAGGAUCCCUGUGGUGGUCUACAGGCACCAGAGGAACGGGGCGGUGAUCUCCCGUUGCAGCCAGCCUGAGAUCAGCUGGUGGGGCUGGAGAAACACAGAUGACGAGUACUUGGUGACAUCCAUCGCCAAGGCGUGUCAGAUGGACACCGGAGCCAAGGGCACCUGCGGAGCGCCAGCCUGCCGACAGCGCGGGGAAGCUCCCGACUCCUCCGACAGCGAUUUUGACUCCUCUCUGACGGGCGGCUCUGGCUGCGACGACAACACUGUGCCACAGAAGCUGCUGAUUCUGGAUGCUCGCUCUUACACCGCUGCAGUGGCCAACCGAGCCAAGGGCGGAGGCUGCGAAUGUGAAGAGUACUACCCCAACUGUGAGGUGAUGUUCAUGGGAAUGGCAAACAUCCACGCCAUCAGGAACAGCUUCCAGGCUCUGAGGACCGUCUGCAGUCAGAUCCCGGAUCCAGGAAACUGGCUUUCAGCACUUGAGAGCACCCGAUGGCUGCAGCACCUGUCUGUCAUGCUGAAGGCCGCCACUCUGGUGUGUUCAGCGGUGGAGAGGGAAGGCCGUCCUGUCCUGGUGCAUUGUUCGGACGGGUGGGACCGCACACCCCAGAUCGUAGCCCUCUCCAAGAUCCUGCUGGACCCCUACUACAGGACAUUAGAGGGUUUCCAGGUUCUUGUAGAGACUGAGUGGCUGGACUACGGUCAUAAGUUUGGGGACCGCUGCGGCCACCAGGAGAACGCCGACGAUGUGAGCGAGCAGUGUCCCGUCUUCCUGCAGUGGCUGGACUGUGUUCACCAGCUGCUCAAACAGUUCCCCUGCCUGUUUGAGUUCAACGAGGCCUUCCUGGUCAAGCUGGUGCAGCAUACGUACUCGUGUCUUUACGGCACCUUCCUGUGCAACAACGGUCGCGAGAGGGAGACGAGGAACAUCUACAAACGCACCUGCUCUGUGUGGUCGCUGCUUCGCAACGGAAACAAGAACUUCCAGAACUUUCUCUACAUCCCCAGUCAUGAUAUGGUGCUGCAGCCAGUCUGCCACACUCGAGCAUUACAGCUGUGGACAGCUGUGUACCUGCCCACCUCCUCCCCCUGCACCGCUGUGGACGAUUCUAUGGAGCUCUACCUCCCCCCGAGUGUCACAGGAGACGAACUCACCUCCCGUUCCCUGGAUCGACUUCCCAAGACCCGCUCCAUGGACAACCUGCUGUCAGCUUUUGAGAACGGGGUGCCCCUGACGCGUACGUCCAGCGACCCAAAUCUCAAUAAGCACUGCCAGGAGGGUCGCUCUGCCCCGGAACCCUCACCAGCCACGGAAGAAACCUCCGCAGACAUCUCUGAUGAGGUCACACCUGACGCUGGACUGGACAGCAGCGAGGGGGAACCUCCACAUCAGAGUCCUGCCAAGACCCCAGAGGGUGUCCCAGGUGCAGAGAGCUGUGAAGACCCAGUGGAGGAGCCCUGUCUCACUACACAGCCCCUGCCCUCUCCGCCCCUACCCCCGGUCCCUCUCUCUCUCUGUACGGACGUCGCUCUCGCUCACACUCCCUUCCCCGCUCCUGUCCUCCAACAGGCUUUGCCUCAGAUCACUAACCCUCCGCUCCCACCACCUCCGCUGGAGGCUGAGAGCCCCUGUAGGACUGCCGAGAGCACCGCGUCACCAACUCAUAAAUCAGAGCCGUGCUUACCUCUCCCCUGCAACGGCACAGAGUCUGCAGCCACCACGCCCACCCCGCUGCUUAACGGCUACGCCGACGGCCAAGCCAACGGCCAAGAGAACGGCUACGCCGACGGCCAAGCCGACGGCCAAGAGAACGGCCUCCCUGAAUCUGCAGACCUGCUGGCUCUGAAGCAGCUAACACCACUCCUUCCCAUGGAGGACUCCACGGAGACUCUCACAGGUGAGAGUGAGCUUCCCCCCAUCCUGCCUCCCACAGAGGACCAGGACCUCACGCAGAAUUAUUUUAAUGAUGAGGAGCAGCCUGAGUCACAGCCCCAGGUUCUACCCCAGAGGGAGAAAGAGGACAAUAGGACAGAUGUAGUGAAAGGAAAAGAGCGGGCGUUAGCAGUUGCUCCUGUAGAUUGCACCCAGUUAGCGGCUCGCCAGCUGAUUUCCCAGAGCCAGCUCACAGACCUGUCCCUGCUCGGCUCCCACUGGGAGAGCGUCCAGGGUCUGGUCCAGUCGGCCUGCAGCAGUGCUAGUCACUCUGGCGUCAGCCGGGCCUUGCAGCACAACGCUUAUCAAAGCCGCCGGCUUGCCAGUAAGCUGCUCCGCGCCCAGGGCUUCGCCAUCGCCAACGGGUCCCAGUGCUGCCGCAGAGAGGCUCUUUGUUAUCCCAGCAGCCCUCUGCAGGCUGGGUGGCUGUCUGCUGCCAGGAGCGCAGGCUACGCCGGCCUGUGUGGGCCUGCUGCCGCUGCCCUCAACAGCUACUCCCUGGCAGGCCAUCAGCUCCUGCCGGGGUCAUACUCCUCGCCCUCCGCCUCCAGCUCCCCUCCCCCACCCCAGGCCCCGGCCUACCUCGAUGAUGACGGGCUGCCGGUGCCCAUGGACGCCGUGCAGCAGAGACUGCGGCAGAUCGAGGCGGGCUACAAGCAGGAGGUGGAGGUGCUGAGGCAGCAGGUGCGACAGCUGCAGAUGAGGCUGGAAAGUAAACAGUACAGCACCCCUCCCUCGGAGCCAGACAUCGACUACGAGGAUGACAUUACUUGUCUGCGGGAGUCCGACAACAGUAACGAGGAGGACUCUCUGUCGACCCACAGUGAGGACCGUCUGUCUGAGGGCAGCUGGGAUCGAGUGGAACGCAAGGACACAGAGGUCACGAGGUGGGUGCCCGACCACAUGGCCUCCCAUUGUUUCAACUGUGACAGUGAGUUCUGGAUAGCCAAGAGACGUCACCACUGCAGGAACUGUGGCAAUGUGUUCUGUAAAGACUGUUGUCACCUGAAGCUGCCCAUCCCAGACCAGCAGCUGUACGACGCCGUGUUGGUCUGCAACACCUGCCACGACCUGCUCCUGGAGUCCCGCACCCGUGAGAUCCGCAGCCAGCAGCUCAAGAAGGCCAUCGCCACAGCCUCCAGCUGAGAGAAGUGUUGUGUAGCAUGGCCCGACUCGGCUCUGUCCUGCUCGUUUUGGACUGAUGAGCUGAGCGCCCCGUUGUAACCCCAACCUGCCGUCUGGGGAGGGGGGAGAUAAGGAGGAAUUGUUACUCUUUGGGAGGCUCGGUUUGGGAGGGAAGAUGCACUGUGAGACUGUCUGUCUGUCUGAGAGAAGAGGAAAGGGUCUGAGAUGGAGGCAUGUCAGCGGGGGAGGUUUUCCUGCAGAACAAACCCCUUCUGUUCAAAGACAUUUUCAGCCUGGGAGCACUGCGGCGUCCAGCUGCCUCCACACGGCUCAGUCCUCUAGCGGUGUCCUCUCCGAGACACAUCUCCAACCUGUCCACCCCAGCAGAGUCACCCACCUUUAGUACCAAACACCUACACCCUCCUUACAGACACCGUCUCGCACUUCAGAGGACAAUCGCUCACCCUUCCACGUGUCGGGGACUCCAAAGCCUUUACCUGUACUACUGGAGGCUUUCAACUUUAAAAGAAAAGAAAUUGCUGCUACAGUAUUUAAAAGUCUAAUUUUGUAUUCUUAUUUUGUGCACUACUAGCUGUUGUGUUUUUGAGGGAAUUUGAGACCAAACUUGAGCAAAAGGGAGAAAUCUGCUGUUUACUUUGUCAUUGCAUCUUUUUCUUAGAGCCUGAAUGUAAUAUGUAAUGGAUAACUGGAUCGAGUUUAUGUUCAUGUGCAUUUGGUGGGUCGUAUAUGUGUUCAUCGCUGCAAUGUGAUUUCAAAAUUAUGUAUAUGCACAGUCAAUGUGGUUCCGUCUUUAUCAAUGCUUUUCUCCAGUAUAGCCAUGUUGCGGCAUUAGGCGCUCUGAGGGAUGUGUGCGGACCGAUCGAUGCAACGCUGCGUGUUGUUUGUUUUGUGGGACGUACUUGAUGUGUUAAGAGGAAGAGAACACAAUAACGUUGGGAGAUGGCAGAUUUCUGUACGGUCUUCUUCUGCUGUGAGAGAAUGACAUUAGAAGGUACCGUGGGUAUUUUGUGAUGAGACAGGGAAGGGAAGGUUUUUCUGCUGAGAUGUGUGAAUGAAUAGCUUAAUGUCCAUCUGACUGAUGACUCCUCUUCAGAUUGUGAACUGGCAGUAAAGACUGCUCGGGCAAAGACUGAACAAAGUGCUUGGAGUUUCCUGUUCUGUUUAGGGGAGUUUGGCCAUAGUCCCCUUUUAAAAAUGUGUUUGUGUCUACUGGUUGUUCUUUGAGACAAUAGUGCCAUAUUCUGUUUCGUCUAUUUUUAAAGCCUUUUUCUUUCUUAUGGAUGGCAGCAGGUUUCUAAUUGGCCACCUCUCUGUAUAUUUUAAUGGUACAGAUAGUUAGCUGCUUAAUUGAGACGACUAAAGAUUAACAGAUGGUUCGGUUUGAUAACGAGGCUAACCGUUUCAAUGGAUGAUCGGAUGUCACUGAAUUAGUUAACCUGUGUGGUUAUCCAUUGUCUAAUAUUUGGGAUUUUUUCACACGGUGUUCAUGAAGUCAAAAUCUUUAAGAGGAACUCAGAAAUGUAACAUACAUAGUUAUCUGAUCUGUAGUGGUGGCUAAAACCUGUCACUUAAUGAAUAAUUGUUGUAAAGAAAUGCACUGUAAAAGUUAAAUCCCAUGGGUUAAAAUAAAAGAUUAUAUCAUG